GUCGGUUUGGGUUUGAUGAACCGGAUCAUGGCGGCGGCCUGCGGACGGACGGUUACCCGGCUCCAGGUCCAGGUCUGGUUCGGACUGGUCCUGCUGGCCCGGCUCCAUGUGGCCCAGGAAGCUGACCAGGACGGCGGGUCCAGGUGGGUCCAGAUCCGGGACCCGGGUACCGGAGGUCUGUGGAGGCUCGUCCAACGGCAGGAAACAAAGGUUGUGUUGACGUCUCCAACAGUGGGACCAGUUCAGACCUGUGACGAUGGCUGCCCCAAAGCAUCAUGGGAUUCAACCUCUGAACCGGUUUAUUGUGAUCAGGCUGGAGGACAGAGCUUGACCCUGGAUACAUGUUUACCCACACCAGCACCAAGUCCACCAAAUCCACGUAACCCAACAGCCCUAGAGGAAGAUCCUUUUUGGGGCAACAUGGAGAUUCCUGAGGGAACAUAUGAUCCAGAAGCUGAAUCAGUGACACCCACCCCAUCUGAACCCCCUACAAUGGAUACUCAGAGUACCUCUAGCCAUAUGUUAUGGGGUUUUUUUGAAAUCCCCACUGAAGAUUAUACUGGAGAUGAAGAUACACAAUUUACAACUGAGACCACCACAGCAUACAGGGGGACUACCUCAACCCUUCGAGGAGGACGACCGACCACGGCAGCCUCUGCCGCCACCACCACCACCCAGGCCCCUCCAAGGACCACGGUGGCUGCUACCACCACCCAGGCCCCUCCAAGGACCACGGUGGCUGCUACCACCACCCAGGCCCCUCCAAGGACCACGGUGGCUGCUACCACCACCCAGGCCCCUCCAAGGACCACGGCCACCACUGCCGAUGCCACCCGGACCCCUCCAAAGACCACAACCACCACGGCCGCCCCCACCACCCAGGCCCCUCCAAGGAUCAUGGCCGCUGCCACCUGGGCCCCUCCAAGGACCACAGCUGCCUCCAAGGACCAUAGCCACCGUCACCACCAACUGGGCCUCUCCAAGGACCACAGCCGCCACCACCUGAGUACACAAAACUCAGCAUCUAAUACAACCCGCCUCUUAUCUGCCCCAAACUUCUUAAAUGCAUCUGCCACUAGAACCAGUGGAACUACAAACACCAGUUUGCUAGCAUCACCCUUUUCUUUUAAUCCAUCCAUCCUCACAAACUCAGAUGCAACAGUCAACUUAUCUACAACUCUGUCCUCUAGUAACUCAACUGCGCCAACUACAGUUACUGAUUCACCCACGACAAACUCCACUUCAAAUACAACCGCUUCAUUGUACAACCUGAACAUCUCAAAUGCAGCCGGUUCACCCGCCCUCAGUAUGAACUCCAUCUGGACCACUGCACCCCACCCUUCAAACAUGGCUCCAACAUAUGACUCAGCCAGUGUCCCUGUGAACACCACCUCUGUGACAGUUCCUUUCUCUCCAAAUAGAACUAUCUCCACAAGCCUAAAUAUCAUCAUGAGCUCACUUUCAUCAAACUCGACAUCAAAUGCUACAAACUCAGUCUACACCCCAAACUUCACCAAUGCAACCAACAUCUUAACCGGUGCAAAUAAAGACACUUCACCAUCAACCUUCUCUGUCAGUACAGUCCUCUCCGUCAACCCAAAUACAACUACAGCCUCUUCUAACGCAACUGUCAACUCAACCGUACCAACUGCAGUCACUCAUUCACCUACGACAAACUCACCGUCAAAUGCUACCACCUCAUUGUUCAACCUGACUUUCUCAAAUAUGCCCAGUUCAACCACCCCACAUAUGAACCCCAUCUCCAACACAAAUAUGACCACAACGUACAACAACUCAGCUGGUGUCACUAUAAAUUCCACCUUGCUGACAAUUCCCUUCUCUCCAAAUAUGACCAUCUCCACACGCCUAAAUGUUGCUAUGAACUCAGUUCCAACCAACUUCAUAUCAAACACUACCGACUCAUUCUACACCUUGAACUUCACAAAUCCAUCCGCCAUCUCAACUAGUGGAACUACAAAUACCACCUCACCAGCACCAACCUUUUCUGUCAAUACAACCAUCAACUCAUCUACAACUACAUCCUCUUCUACCUCAGUCAUACUGACUACUGUUACCGAUUCACCUACGACAAACUCCACGUCAAAUGCUGUCACCUCAUUAUACAACCGAAACUUCUCAAAUGCAGCAAAUUCCACCACCCAAAGCCUGAACUCCAUCUCAACCGCUGCACCCUCCCCUUCAGAUAGGACUGCAACAUACGACUCAGCCGGCCUCACAAUAAAUUCCACCUCGCUGCCAAGAACCAUCUCUUCAAAUAUGACCACCUCCACAAGCCCAAACAUCACCAUGAACUCUCUUCCCACUAACCUGACGUCAAACACUGCCAACUCAUUCUACACCCCAAACUUCACCAAAACAUCUGCCGUUUCAACCAGUGGAACUACAGAUACCACCUCAUCAGAAACAACCUUUUCUGUCAACACAACCAUCUCCACAAACUCAAAUACAACAACCAACUCCUGGACAACUACGUCCUCUUCCAACUCAACCUUACCAACUACAGUUACCGAUUCACCUGCAACAAACUCAACCUCCGAUCCAACCACUUCAUUAUACAACCUGAACAUCUCAAAUACGACUGUCAUUUCAACCAGUGCAACUACAGAUAUCACCUCACCACCACCCUUCUCUUUCAGUACAGUCCUCUCCGUCAACCCAAAUACAACUACGGCCUCUGCUAACGCAACUGUCAACUCAACCGUACCAACUGCAGUCACUCAUUCACCUACGAUAAACUCAACGUCAAAUGCUACCACCUCAUCAUUCAACCUGAAUUUCUCAAAUACGCCCAGUUCAACCACCCCAAAUAUGAACCCCAUCUCAAACACAAAUAUGACCACAACGUAGAACAACUCAGCCAUAAAUACCAGCUUUCUGACAAGAACCUCCUCUCCCAUGACCAUCACCAUGAGCUCACUUCCAACAAACUUCACAAACACUGCCGACAUGUAAUACAACCACCACUUCUCAAAUCCACUUGCCAGCUCCGCCCCCUGAACUGGGUGAGUAGGUCAGACUAGGUGAGCUCUCAGCCUCAAGUACGUCACAGACAAGAACCUCAGCAAAUGCAACCAUCUUUACUGAUCCAUCUACAACUGUCAGCCUGUUUAUUUGUAGAGAUGAAAAAUUCAGUUGGUGGCUCUAAAAUUAAUCACCAGUAGUUUUUCACCCUCAACAUUUCUCCUUAAAUACAACCACUACCUCACCCGGGCCCACCUGGGCCAUCAGGACAUUGGCUGCCUGGACUUGUGAACCCAGUUGGACCAUCGGAAUGAACGCCCCUGCAUCAAGAACAAAUAUUAGUGUUUCAACUACCUCAUAUAUCUGAAACGACGAAGAAGACCAGAGUCCAGUUCCCUGUGUUUCCUUCUGACAAAGUUCUUUUAUUCAUGUUUAAAUUAAAGUGAAGUUUUAUGUCCAUGAUGUUGGAUCUGUUUGUUUUGUGUAAAGGCUUUAGAAGACACAGAUGCACUCAUUAACUCUGCCAGGAGGU